AUGGAGGAUCCGGCUACAAGCACCGCCGCGUACGAGAGUUUGCCAGAGUACGGCACCUUGCUGCUACUGCUCGUUGUGAUAGUGUCCUCGGUGCUGCGCAUGGUGAAGCGAGUGAUCAACUUGCCGGUGGUGGCCGUCACGGUGCUGUGGGGCUUUCUCGCCGGCUGGCUCGUGAAUCGAUACGGAGACAAGGAGACCUUCCUGCCCGUCACCGACGCCAACGUGGGCGAGCUCCUGCACCUGUACAUGCCCGUGCUGGUGUUCACGGUGACGCUCAACGUGCGGUACCACAUCUUCUGGCGCUGCUUCUGGCAGUGCGUGCUCCUAGGAGGCGUGGGACUCGUGCUUAGCGUCUGCAUGUUCGUGCUAUACAUGACGUUCAUGGUGCCGUCAAGCAAGGAAGGCAUCGGUGGUCGGGACUCUGCGGGCGGUGGCCGAGAAGGCCUCGGGGACAACUCCGCGACAUCGGCGCUCAUGGGCUUCCUAGUCUGCUGCCCUGAGCCGAUGUUUUACACGGAGAUUCAAUUUCUGACCACAGCCAAGUCCCACAUCCUCGAGACCCUGGUGAUGGGCGAGGCACUGGUGGGCUUGUCGUUCUUCUGGUUCGUCUACAACAUCGUCGCCGUCGUCAAGGAGUUUAGCUUCUCCAACUUUGGUGUGUUCGUGUUGACCACCCUGGUACUGGGCCCCUUGUUCGGAAAGCUCGUGGGCCACCUUCUGGCGUACCUGCUGAUCGCGCUGUCACAGGACGUGUCCAUCACCUACCUGGUCUCGCUGUGCGCCGUCUACCUAACCUUCCUGUUGGCCGAGCACGCAUUCCUAGGCAGCGGCGUGACGUCAAUCAUCGCGCUCGCACUCACCGCCAGCGCGCACAGCGCCUCGACAAUCAUGGACCCGAUAGUGUUGCGAAAGUUCUGGAUGCUCCUUCGAUACACGUACAAUACGGUCAUCGUGUUCCUGGCCGCCUUCAAGGUAGGCCGUGACGCCGUUGGGUACCUGGACGCCGAUGACGUCAUCCUCUUGGGUCAUACGUACGCCGCGAAGAUCAUCGUCAGGGGUCUGAUGGUGCUCGUGCUCUACCCGGUCCUCUGCUCGACGGGUUACGAACUCAACUGGCGCCAGUGCGUCGCUCUGGUCUGGAUCAACUUCAAGAGCGCUGUCAUCAUGGGCUUCUCACUCUCGUCGUGGAUUUCCAACAUCAACGUCAGCGUGGCUCUCAGGGAGGACGCAAUACGGCUGGGCUUGGUGUUUCUGGUACAAGCCAUAAACACCCUCAGUCUACCCCAGCUGAUGUGGACAUUGGGCCUAGUGCAGAUGUCGGAAGCGGAGAGGGCCAACAUGAACGUGGUGGUGACGGCGCUACGCAACACGGCCAAGCAGUCGACGAACAAGCAGCGCCGCGAGAAGAACUUCAGCGGCGCCGACUGGAAGUGGGUCCAGCUGCACACUUUCAUCGAGAACCCGUACGCCGAGGUGGCGGGCGCCGGGACGGAGCGCACCGCCCUCGGUCCACGCCUCUCGCUACAGCGCCGGGAGGACACGCUAGCCGAGGCCAAGCACAACGCCAACACCAACAUACUAAGGUUGCAGAAGGUGUGCUACAACAAGCAGUACGAAGACGGUAUGAUUCACAAGCGCACAAAGACGACCAUCCUAGCUGCCCUACAGUACCCUCUGGAAAGAGAGCUGUACUUGAACAUCGACAUGAUGACCCAGUAUAUAACGGUGCCAGCUUGGAUCUACUCACUGAAAAACAUCCUCCAACGCUUCGCGGGCACCGAGGUCAUCGAGCGACGCAGUUCGGGCCGGGUCAGCGCCCGCACGGAGGAGACCGAGACCAGCAUAGUCGAGAUGGACCUGCUCUCCAACUCCAUCACGCAGGGCUGGUACCACGUGCUCGUGGGUCUCGUCGCCGUGGGCUUCGUGCUCCUACUGGGAGGACUCGCGUUCUUCACCCAAUACAAGAUGAAUGACGUCAUCAUGUCCGUCGUGGUCAGCGUCCAGGGCUUGUACGUCCUGCUGUACGCUCUGGAGAUACUCCUCGUGGUGUACUCGAUGGGUAUGUUCAGGAUGGGCCGAGACGUUUGGCGCCAACUAGACCUGAUAAUUUUCGUCCUCGUGGUGUCCGAGUUUGUGCUGACCAGCUUCGUCUCGGUUAGCAUGGACGACAAGAAGAACAAGUGGUACGCCAUCUUCCUGCAGUGCAGCUUCAUACUGCUGGUUGCCUGCCGAACUGUCAAGACGCUGCAGAAGAGAGCCGUCCUUUUCGUGUGGCUGUGGGACCUGAUGGACGGGGUGCUGAACCGGAAGCUAUUCUAUGCGUACGACGUCAGCUGGGCCUACAUCACCGCCGAGGACGAAGCCAUGGCCAAGGCGAGCCGCUUCGUCAAGAACACCCAGCUGGCCAACAAGAUCCGGGACUCGUGCGGACGUAAUAAACUUCAGACGCUGAAGAACGUGAUCGACAUCCAGCAGAAGUACCCGAACAUCGAAGUCGCCACAAAGACGCGUCAGGCGGCGCGCAAGACGCUCAACAAGGCACUGGACGCCUUGCACGACCUCCACGAUGGCGGUCUCCUGGACGACAAGCAGUUCGGCAUGCUUUACGAGGACCUGACGUGGAUGAUCCAUCGCGUGGACGGAAUGCCGACCAACAUCAUCGUGGGAGACACGGCGCACUGCAUCCUGCUUAGCAUCUCUUGGCUGCCAAGGGAAGAGGUCACCAAGUUGCUCAAGUCGUUCUUCGUGACUCAAAAGAAAGGCAACGUGCUCUCUUUCGUCGGUCACGAGCAUGAGCGAGUUUCCAUCAUCUGCUCCGGAAUUGUGAAGGUUUACGGCAAAGGAACGCGACAGAGCACGGACACGGAGGGACGACUGCAGAACGCGGACUCGAACCAGUACUUCUUCAGCGACGGCGACUUCAAGGACUACCUAGUGUCGCCGGACUGCAUAGGCCUCAUCGGCUUCCUCUCCGCGCUACCGUCAGUGUGCCAGGCGGUCUGUGAGACCGACGUCGAACUGUGCAGCAUACCGAUGGAAGUGAUGGAGCGCAUCACCGAACAGCACCCUGACCCACCGACCGUCAUCUAUCGCAUGUGGUUCUCGGUGGCGGUGCGCGUUGCCCUCGGCGUUCUCAUCAACCACAAGCGGUAUCAGGACUGGACCCACGACAAGCUGAAGCAGUUCCUGGAAGGCGGCAUCAUGCCGAACCUGUAUUAUGCCAUCGAGUUCUCCUUGGACGAGGCUGUGCAGGACGUCAUCCUGAUUCAGGGCUGCGUCUCGUCAGCUGAAGGACACUGCUACUUCGGGCCCUGCUACCUGCCGCAGUCGCUGCGACAGAUGAAGCUGUCGGGCUCGCCCAGCUCGCGUCCUCGGCCGGUGAUGCUGAUCACGACCCUGUUGCGGUACCACUUGCCCCCUGAGCUCGACUGGUACCACCAGCCGCUGCGCCAUUACGACUACAUGCCGCGGAUCAGAACCGACGACGAGUACGCGCACUGGUCCUAGCAGGCGCCGCCAAAAUCCAUGACGUCAAGGCAAGUUGGUAUUCGAACUUAAAGGUGAUAACACGAGAAAUAUCAACCUUCAAAGACUCAAAUUUCACUUUUUAUUUAAGCUAGCUAUAAAACCUUCGCUUUUCCUAA